AUGGACAACAUUGCCGACGACGUUGACGCAAUUAUCAAUGCUUUAAAUAUUCCUAUCGAAAGUGAAGACGAAAAUUGUGACAUAGUAUAUACAGGAUUGGAAAAUAAUUCAGAAAAACGCUUAAGUACAGAGCCUAAUUUAGGAGCAUGCGCAAAUGUUGUACUACGAUUAUCCAGAAUCGUUCCUAAAUUUCAAAACUUCAAAAUAUAUUUUGAUAAUUAUUAUACCACAUUGGCACUAGUUGUUUACCUAGCAAAACAAGGUAUUUGUUCACUUGGAACAUUAAGAAGAAAUAGAGUGCCUGGUAUAAAAUUAUCAGACGAAAAACAGUUAAAAAAAAAAAGUAGAGGUUUUUUUUCAGAAUGUCUUACACAGAUUGACGGAGUACCGGUAACAGCAACGGAAUGGAAAGAUAAUAAAGUCGUCACUUUACUCUCAAAUUUUUCUGGUGCAGAACCAGCAAGUGAAGUAACACGUUUUGAUAAAAAAAAAAAUGAACAUAUUUCUGUUCCAUGUCCAAACGUAGUUAAAAUUUAUAAUCAGCAUAUGGGUGGAGUUGACCUUUUAGACUCCAUUAUAGCUCGGUAUCUGAUCGCUAUGCGAAGUAAAAAAUGGUACUUUAAGUUGUUCUUUCACUUUAUGGACGUCACAAUAGUCAAUGCUUGGUUAUUAUAUCGAAAAAGAAAAAAAGAAAAUACCAUGUCGUUAGCAGAUUUUCGACGUGAGAUCGCUGUAUCACUUUGCAUGCAAGGGAGCAAUAUAUGUACGCCAACUACAAGAGGAAGAAAACGAAAUAUUAGUGAAUCGCCAAGUGAACCAAAAAAAAAAAGAGGUAUUCAACCAUAUAUGCCACCAACGGAUGUUCGGAAAGAUCAAAUCGGCCACUUUGCCAUUGUUACAAAUUUAAGGGAAAGAUGCAAACUUUGUGGUUUGAAAAGUUCGAUGCAAUGUACUAAGUGUCGAAACAAUUGA